GGGGGAGUUAUUUACAAAAAAAAGUGAGGUGUUGAUUCUGCUUGAGAGAUGGCUGUCCAAAGUAACGGCAAUGGAAGCUUGGAUUCUCACGUCAAGGUUCCUGUUCCUCAGAUAAAGUUCACCAAGCUCUUCAUCAAUGGAGAGUUCGUUGAUUCUGUUUCAGGAAAGACUUUUCAGACAAUAGAUCCAAGAAACAGGGAGGUGAUUGCAGAAAUUGCCGAGGGGGGCAAGGAAGAUGUCGAUUUGGCUGUCAAAGCUGCCCGAGAAGCUUUUGACAACGGCCCAUGGCCUCGUUUACCUGGCUUUGAGAGGCGCAAGAUAAUGAUGAAGUUUGCAGACUUAAUAGAUGAAAACAAUGAAGAAUUAGCCACCUUGGAGACAAUUGAUGCUGGAAAAUUGUUUUUCCUUUGCAAGAUUAUGGAAAUUCCAGGAGCAGCAGAAACAAUUCGCUACUAUGCGGGUGCGGCAGAUAAGAUCCAUGGGGAGACUCUGAAAAUGUCGACCGCGCUACAGGGAUACACAUUGCAUGAGCCCAUCGGAGUUGUUGGACACAUCAUUCCCUGGAACUUCCCUAGUCAAAUGUUUGCUAUGAAGGUUGGCCCUGCAUUAGCUGCUGGUUGCACCAUGGUUGUCAAGCCUGCGGAACAAACGCCUCUGUCAGCUCUCUUUUACGCUCAUUUAGCGAAGCUGGCUGGAAUCCCCGAUGGAGUGCUUAACGUUGUAACAGGAUUCGGACAAACAGCUGGUGCGGCAAUUAGCUCUCAUACGGACAUUGAUAUGGUAAGUUUCACGGGUUCUACGGAAGUAGGGCGGCUUGUCAUGCAAGCUGCAGCAACAAGCAACUUGAAGCCCGUAUGUCUAGAACUGGGAGGCAAGUCCCCCAUUUUAAUCUUCGAUGAUGCAGAUGUUGACAAAGUAACAGAACUUGCACUGCAGGGAACUCUAUUUAACAAGGGUGAAAUAUGUGUUGCUGGCUCUCGUGUUUUUGUUCAAGAGGGGAUUUAUGACAAGUUUCUACUGAAGUUGAAGGAGAAGGUGAAAAAUUGGGUGGUCGGUGAUCCUUUUGAUCCAACUUCUCAUCAAGGACCCCAAGUUAACAAGAAGCAGUACGAUAGAAUACUUUCAUACAUUGAGCACGGGAAGAAGGAAGGUGCCACCUUAUUCCAUGGUGGCAAGCCUUGUGACAGGAAGGGCUACUACAUUGAGCCGACAAUAUUCACUGAUGUCACGGAUGAGAUGAAAAUUGCACAGGAAGAAAUAUUUGGGCCUGUUAUGUCAGUGUUCAAAUUCAAGACCGUUGAGGAGGCAAUCAAGAGAGCAAACGCGACCAAAUAUGGACUGGCAGCGGGCGUUAUGACUAACAACAUUAACAUUGCCAACACCGUCGCAAGAUCAAUUCGUGCGGGUGCUAUCUGGAUAAAUUGUUACUUUGCCUUCGACAGAGACAGCCCUUAUGGAGGCUACAAAAUGAGUGGUUUUGGAAGAGACAUGGGAAUGGAUGGCCUCAAGAAGUAUCUUGUAGUUAAAGCUGUUGCUACUCCCAUUUACAAUUCACCUUGGCUGUAAACAUCCCGUAACAUCGAAAAAUUUUUAAAAACAAAAAAAAAAUGGCGGCGAAAUGAGGAUACAUCCUCAUACGGGAUUAAAUAAUGUCAGUUUGAGAAUGAAUUUCUUGCACUUUUUUA